ACAGAGAUUUCCCACUAGGCAUCCGGCUGUGGCGUUCAUUCUUCCUCUUAUUGUGUUGAGCCAAUUUCAGUUUCACUCUAUUCUGUAUGGGAACUGGACAAUGGUGGGGAAGAUGGAGAAGUUUGUUCUGUGGUUUCUUUUUCUUGCCGGAUCUCUUGCACAAGAAGAUUUGGUUGGCAAUGUCUUUCUCUUUCCUAAGCCGUCAGUAACAACGUACGCAAUCCUGAAGCCAAAGGUAGAAAAGCCACUGAAGACUCUCACCGUUUGCUUGAGAUCCUACACAUCCCUCACUCGAUUUCAUCCCCUCUUCUCUUUGGCCACUCGUAGUCCAGACCAGGACAAUGCGUUUCUCAUUUUUCCCAAGCCUCCAAACCAAUUUUCCAUUUAUAUUAACCAAGAAGAAAAUGUUUUCAAAGUUGAUCCCAGUGCUACUGAGUGGAAACACACCUGUGUGAGCUGGGACUCUGCCUCUGGGGUGAUUGAGCUCUGGAUCGAUGGGAAAUUGUAUCCAAGAACAGUUUCCAAAAAGGCAUCAUCUAUUGGUUCCCCAUCUAGUAUUAUCCUGGGGCAGGAACAGGACUAUUUCGGUGGUGGGUUUAAUGUUGAUCAGUCCUUUGUGGGUGAGAUAAGUGACGUCCACAUGUGGGAUUAUGUACUGACCCCAGAUCAUAUACAGAAGGUUCUGUUUGCCAAUAUGGAUUUCACUGGUAAUAUCCUCAGCUGGAGAUCACUGCAAUAUGAGCUAAGAGGCCAAGCCUCUUCCCAGCCUAAACGCCAGUGUAAAGCGCUUGAGCACCAUUAUGGAUUGUUUGCCAAGUGCUAUGAAUGAAAAGUAAUUACUGUACCUUAAACCUUAAUAUUGUUUCCAUUAACUUUACUAAUUUUACUGUAGCUCUUGGUCAUCUUGGAAAUCAGGCAGUUACAGAAUAAAGAUGCAAUAGACUACAGGGAUAACAUGUAGCCUCCUAAUUCCCCUUAUUUUGAUAACAUUUAAAUCAAUUCUGUUUGUAUUUACAUCAUAUGUUGAUAAUGAAUAAAGUACCUGCUACAUAUUA